AUGGCCACUUCAGAACCACAACCCUUCACCAUAUCCGUUCCGGAGGCUGACCUCGCCCUCUUGCACGAGAAGUUGGAUCUGACGCGCUUCCCUGACGAGCUGGACGACGCGGCAUGGAACUACGGCGUGCCGCUUGCGAAUGUUAAACGGCUCAUCGCGCGGUGGAAAGACGGGUAUGACUGGCGCGCUGCGGAGGCUGGCAUCAACGAGAUCCCUCAGUUCACUCGAGACGUCGAAGUGGAGGGCUUUGGUACGCUGAACGUGCAUUACGUCCAUAAGAAGAGCGAAGUGAAGGACGCGAUUCCACUAGUAUUCGUGCAUGGAUGGCCUGGCCACUUCCUUGAAGUCAAGAAGCUGCUCCCCUUGUUGACGUCUGCGUCGCCAGAUCACCCAAAUUUCCAUGUUGUUGCCCCUAAACAGGGAUUCACAGUUGCUCAAUACGCAGAGACGUGUCACAAACUCAUGCUCGCUCUGGGCUACUCUGAAUAUGGGGGAGAUUGGGGUUCCUAUAUCACGAGAACAAUGGCAGCCAUGUAUGGCGAUCAGAUCGUGAAAGCAUGGCAUACAAACUACGCCGCUGUGGUCAGCCCACCGUCGUUCUCGAGCUUUCCUCGGCUCUGGCUUCAGCACCUGCUUACACCGUAUACCGAGGUUGAACGGGCAUGCUUGAAGCGCAUCCAAUUAUUUAUGCAGAAAGGACGGGGCUACAGCGCUGAACAGAAUACGCAGCCGCAGACAAUCGGGUAUUCACUCGCGGACUCGCCGGCGGGCUGCUCGCGUUGGAUAUACGAGAGCUCGUGCUCUGUCCUGACGUGGAUCUCAAUCUACUGGUUCUCUCGAGCGGGCCCUGCCGCCUCUGCGAGGAUAUACUACGAACAAGCGAAAGUAAGAGAAGAUCCAAACCAUAGCGAGCUUAUCCGUCCACCAAAGACGUAUUCUGAACAUGGGAACGGAGGACAUUUUGCUGCACACGAGAAGCCCGAUGAACUUGGGGCGGACUUGCGCGCGAUGUUUGGCAAGGGCGGUCCUGCGUUCGGUGUGGUAGCCGGCAAGGCGGGCUACGACUGA